AACGGCUCGCAGCAACUUCGUCGCCGGGGCUUCAUCGAUUGCAUCGCCCCUCGUUUGCCGCCUCCAUAUCACACCUCCAUCACCCAUCCGUCUGGACACCGUCGUCUCGACAUCACAUCGCAACCAUGGCUGACCGGUACAUUCCCGAGCAUCGUCGCACCCAGUUCAAGGCCAAGAGCGCCUUCAAGCCCGAUGAGCUUCGUCGCCGUCGUGAGGAACAGCAGGUCGAGAUUCGCAAGGCGAAGCGCGAGGAGAACUUGGCCAAGAGGCGCGGUAUUGGUGCUGGCGACUCGCGGCCUGGAGCUUCCCUUGGUGCCGCCCCCGACAGUGACGAUGAGAACCCUCCCACCGAGUCUCAGUUGAGCGAGGACCUUCCCAAGAUGGUCGAGGGUGUCUUCUCCAGUGAGAUCGAUAAGCAAAUUCAGGCGACCACUAAGUUCAGAAAGCUACUUAGCAAGGAGCGCAACCCUCCCAUUGAGGAGGUUAUCAAGACCGGCGUCGUUGGUCGCUUCGUCGAGUUUCUCCGCUCCCCCCACACCCUGGUUCAGUUCGAGGCCGCUUGGGCCCUUACCAACAUUGCUUCGGGCUCUGCCACUCAAACCCAGGUUGUCAUCGAAGCUGGUGCUGUUCCCAUCUUCGUCGAGCUUCUCGGAAGCCCCGAGCCUGAUGUGCGUGAACAGGCUGUUUGGGCUCUUGGCAAUAUUGCUGGCGAUAGCCCUCAAUGCCGUGAUUACGUUCUCAGCUGCGGUGCUCUGCGUCCUCUGUUGACCCUCCUUGGUGAUAGCCGCAAACUUAGCAUGCUCAGGAAUGCUACCUGGACUCUCAGUAACUUCUGCCGUGGCAAGACUCCUCAGCCCGACUGGAACACGAUCGCCCCUGCUUUGCCAGUUCUCGCCAAGCUCGUCUACUCGCUCGACGACGAGGUUCUUAUUGACGCUUGCUGGGCCAUCUCCUACCUCUCGGAUGGAUCCAACGACAAGAUCCAGGCGGUUAUUGAAGCUGGCAUUCCCAGGCGUCUUGUUGAGCUCCUCAUGCACGCUUCCACCUCUGUUCAGACGCCCGCGCUUCGAUCCGUUGGUAACAUUGUGACGGGAGACGAUGUUCAGACCCAGGUUAUCAUUAACUGCGGUGCCCUUCCCUGCCUCCUGUCGCUUCUGAGCUCCAACAAGGAUGGCAUCCGCAAGGAGGCUUGCUGGACCAUCAGCAACAUCACUGCUGGAAACUCGGCUCAGAUCCAAUCUGUCAUUGACGCCAACAUCAUCCCUCCUUUGAUCCACCUUCUCUCCCACGCCGAUCUCAAGACCCGUAAGGAGGCCUGCUGGGCUAUCAGCAACGCGACUUCGGGAGGUCUCCAGAAGCCCGAUCAGAUCAGGUACUUGGUUGCUCAAGGCUGCAUCAAGCCGCUCUGCGACCUCCUGGCUUGCCCCGACAACAAGAUUAUCCAGGUUGCCCUGGAUGGUCUUGAGAAUAUUCUCAAGGUUGGCGAGCUCGACAAGAACGCCGCUGGCGAUGGCCCUGACUCGAUCAACCGUUAUGCCCUGUUUAUCGAGGAAUGCGGAGGAAUGGAGAAGAUUCACGACUGCCAGACGAACGCCAACGAGGAGAUUUACAUGAAGGCGUACAACAUCAUUGAAAAGUACUUCUCCGACGAGGACGAGGCCGGUGAUGAGGCCAUGGGCGCUCAGCAGCAGUUUGGAUUCGGUGCUUCCGGUGGUGCCCAGCAGGGUGGCUUCAACUUCGGUGCUAACGGCACCGAGUCGAUGGACAUGUAAAAUGCUGUACGAUCCGUCUAGUUCCUUUUACGAAGGGGAUGGUUGGGUUAAAGAUUGGAAUGAGGGGAUCCAGAUGCGAUGUUUAUCACGGCACCAUCUGGGAAAUCCUACCAAAA